AUGGCAACCCUAAAAGAACGUAAAGAAUUAUUUGUCACAGGCUUGAGUGGAGGUACAAUUUCAGAAAUCAAUUAUGUCACAUCAAUAGCAUUAACCACAUAUCUAUGUUCCCAAUUAAUACUUAAUUCAUCAUCAUAUGGUAAAAUCACAGUUCUCAUUAUUGACUUUUUACUGAAUUGGGCUGCUGUUUUAUUGUCUAUCACUACAUAUUCAGAUUCCCCCAUCUUUUUAAAUAUAUUGAUAUUAUUGCCCACAAUUGUAUAUAAAUUAUUGACUGCGAAUAGUAACAACUCUGAAAAACCUCUUCCUAAUCAUAAUAAGCACAAACAGAAAGAUUUUAAAUUGACCAAAAAAAGUUUUAUCACCGGGUAUCGUGGUACUAUGCUAGUUUUAACUUCAAUUGCGAUAUUAGCUGUUGAUUUCCAAAUAUUCCCACGUAGAUUUGCUAAAGUCGAGACUUGGGGUACAUCAUUGAUGGACUUAGGUGUCGGUUCAUUUGUUUUCAGUAACGGAGUGGUAUCAGCACGUUCUUAUUUUAAAAAACAAAUUAAAGAAAAAAAUUUAGAAAAAAUUGGAAAUGCAAAUAAACCUAAACUUUUUAGCGAGGUGUUAGCGAGUCUGAAAUCUGGCGCUGUUUUGUUAUUACUGGGUUUAUUGAGACUUUUCUUUGUGAAAAAUCUAGAAUAUCAAGAACAUGUUACUGAAUAUGGGGUCCAUUGGAAUUUUUUCAUCACGUUAUCCUUGUUGCCACCUUUUCUGGUUUUAUUUGUUGAUCCUAUUCUUCAAGUAGCACCUAUUCCCAGAUUUUUUGUAGCACUUAUAAUUUCCUUAUCCUUUGAACUUUUUCUAAUUUUUGACGAGAGCUUUCUUAAAUAUUUGGUAUUAAGUCCAAGAUAUGACUUUUUAAGUUCUAAUAGAGAAGGAUUAGCGUCAUUUUUAGGUUAUAGCUCUAUAUUUUUGUGGGGUCAAACUAUUGGUGGGUUUUUAUUAGGUAAUAGACCAACUUUAAAAAACCUAUACAAAAUAUCUAUUGAAACACCAACAACUGCCAGAGAUCAAAAAAGGUGGGAUACGGUUACACCUUUAAAGGGACUAAUUACAUGGUUUGUUAUAUUAUUAACACUUUCAAAAUUAGUUUUUGAGGUUGAUCCAUAUGAUGUAUCAAGAAGAUUUGCUAAUCUUCCUUACGUUUUGUGGGUUGUGACUUAUAAUAUCGGGUUUUUGUUAUGCUAUUGUCUGAUUGAUUCUAUAGUGUUAAAAAAUGAAGAUAAUUACAAAGUUCCAUUAACACUUGAAAGUAUGAACUCUAAUGGGCUAAUUAUGUUUUUAGUAGCCAACGUUAGUACCGGCUUAUGUAAUAUGUGCAUCAACACCUUAGAUAAAACAACUAUUCAAGCUUUGACCAUAUUGUUAAUUUAUUGUUUGUUUGUAUGUUCUAUUGGAUUGUUAUUAUUUAUCAAUAGGAUUUUUAUAAAACUUUAG